GAGGGUGGCCCAACAUUGAGUUCGACCUGGCUGCUCGACAUCCUUGUUAGUGUCAUAUCAGUUGCUCGUCAUCAGUUCCAAACCCUGCACCACCCCCGACGUCUAUCCUGAUCCAGGCGGUCCCCGAAGCCGCCCCCGUCCGUCCGUCCGUCCGCCCCGCCCGCCGCCGAAGCGCACGCACGGUGAACGCCGCUCACCCCUGCCGAGAGGACUCGGCGCGGCCUCGCAUUCUGAUUUUUCGUGUCUUCUUCGAUACCUUCCUCUCCACGAUAGUCACAGUUUGAUCAGACGGGAAUCAGCAUACACGACUCUGUUACCGACCCGAUCGCCGACGUCGUCAAGCCCCUUUCGGUCUCCUCGCGCAUCUAUCAUCUCCUCAAGCAGUUAGCACUGUGCGCCCCUUCAAAAGCAAACACCGCGACACUCACCGUGAGGGCGCUAUCAACACCGAAGCCCCACCCGCCUUCGACGCCGUAUCGAUACGUUACGCCAUUCCACCUGGCGACCGAUUCGACCUGUAUCAAGGCGACAGAUUCGCAAGCCCAGCGUUCCAAACAUUGAAAGAACCGACUGCUAUUGCUCCUGCAUCAGCUCCUCGGUGUCGUACGGCCGUGUUACACUGUGUUGCAGGUACCCAUCGACCAGUUCCGUUCCCCACUAUCCUCCGGACGUGACGGUCGAAGUCUGAAGUUUGAAGCCAAACGGUCGCCGUCAACCCUGCUUCCACUGAUCGCGCGCCACACCACGUUGAUCCGCGCCGACUCGGCCAGACUGCAACAAUCGGGCCAGAUACAUCUACCCCUACCCAAAAGGCUGAGUGCAACACCCACCCCUGUGGUAGCGGCAACAAACUCUAAAGGUAGUCUCGUCCCCCCUCGCCCCCACGCCGACGCCGUCCUCAACGAGUGCUCUCGGCGCACCCUUCUUCCCCUCCCCAGACACGUCGUUCGUUGAUCGCGCGGCAGCUAGUGGAAUAGAAUCGGCGGCCCCUCGUGUCACAGUGUCGACGAGUUGAGGCACGAAGCGAGCCAGUCUGCACAAACUUGUCGGUCCGCCCCAGCGUCAUACACCCAUUGCACCACACCUUCUCAAACGUCCCUCCCCCUGCUCUGCCGCGACUCAUAUCUAUUCCACCGCGUUCGAAGCUUAGUCCCCUUUCUCCCCGCGGUUCCGCUCCUCUUCCAAGUAUAUCACUCGCGCGCGGCCCCAGAACGACACGGUUCGAUUCCUAUUGCGUACUCUCGGUCCGGGUCGGCACUCUUUGUAUUAAAGAGCCGGUUCUGUCAACGGCAUUGUACGUACACGCCGAAACCCAGUACACUCUCAGCUCCUCGUCCCCAACAGACAACAAUCAGAGACGUCGUCGUGUUAUCGUCACCUUCGCAGAGUGAGAACAGCCACUCUCCUCGCCACUCUCCUCGCUCGACUAUCGUCAUAUCCUCCCAAGCCAAGCCGCCUCUCAUACGACUGCGUGGGCGAUCGAACGCCCGCCUCGCGCCACACAGCCUCGCCAAGACCAUAUACCUUCGGCUCACCCGCCUUUGUGCGUUGCCGAGCCGACUGUGAACCAGCUCAUUCAUCAAGGUGUGAUCGUCUCAAACCAUUCCACCUAGUUGUUCCAUUCCUGUUCCAAGGCCCCGCAUCCUGUCCUGCCUAAUCCAGUUCGUCCCAACACUGUGGCAUUGCUACUAGCAGCAGCCCUCAUCCUCCCCUGGACGCCUCGCAAGCCGUGCACGCCGUUGACUUCUCGGCCCGGCAGCACAACCCGACUCUUAAACGAAUUUUAUUUCCGUCGUACGCUGUUAUCGUGGAUUUGCCCUGCCCUCCAACUGCUUGUCACCUCACGUCACCGGCAAGCCUCCUUUCCACCCCCUCCCCUGGGCUCAAGUCUCCAGCCCUUAGCGCAAGCCUUUAUUAUCAGCCCACCAAAUUAGGACGAUAGAAGCCCGCCGUUGUUGACCUCGCAAGCCGCAACCCACUUCACUCCGCCUCUGGUGCUUUGCUUCAGUGCAAGUUAAGCACUAGUCUGCACACGACAAGACCUGCCACCUGGUGCCGCCAAAAAACAUCAAGCGAAGCCUCGACUCAGACCAAGUGCCCCGGCCACAACAAACGUACGACCAAGUUUGUUGAUCGAUCCCCACCAGUCGCCUUGACGACUCGUACUUCUUCUUCUACGACUACGACCCCCAACACGUCAUCCACCAUCACCGCAACGUUAGAACCCCAGUACUCGACACCGCGUCGCGAGCCCACUGCGCGAUCUAGUGUCAAAUACUACCUCCCCCCCAAGACCGAAACCCUUACCCCCUCUCCCCCUCGACACCUUAAAGUGGACCAUCGUUCCUCAGCCAUGUCUGACGACAAGGGUGAGGACAUCGCUCCUCCAUUCCAUGGAUUCAUCGCCACGACAUACGAUGCCUUGCUGGUCUUCGAGGCUGCCCGACGUGGCAUGAUCCCAAGAGUCACUCGCCGACUAAACGACUCUGAGCGCAAUCUCGUUCAAUCGGGCUCCGUGUUUGUUUACGACGAGCAAGAGAGUGGCAUCAAGCGCUGGACGGAUGGCCACUCCUGGAGCCCCAGCCGCAUCCUGGCAAACUUCCUUGUGUAUCGCGAGACGAUCAAGCCUUCUGAAGGCGGAAAGGAUGGCAAGGACGAAGUGAAGCGCGAGCCUAUGCCCAUUGCGCCCGCCGGAUCUCGACCAGGAAGCUCGCAUCGCCAUGAUGGCCGCCCCAGCACCGGAAGCUCGGGGUCAGGAUCGCCUGCUGUAACUGAAGGCCGAUAUGCCGAGUCGUCUCGGAUGGCCCUGGAGGCUGCCCAGCGCCCCUUGGUGCACGGCCAGAUGCGCCCCCGCAGCGCCGCCGAGGCAGGUGGAUGCGUCCUGGAGAAUGGCGUCCUCAUUGAUCGCCACCUGGAACGCAAGCUCGUCGGCAGUUUGACCAACUCGUACCUUUUCCAACCUGGUGGUCUGGUCAAGAAGACCAUGACCCUCACCGUCUCCGGUUUCCACCAGCACGUCGUGUCCUACUACACCCUCGAGGACGCCGUCGCCGGACGUCUUCGUCGCCCCUCUACGAUUCCUGAGUUUGCAGCCCUUGAAAUCAGCCCCGACUAUCUCAACCUCGGCAGCUUCCGCUACCCUCCUUCUAUUGAAAUGGGACAGGACGGCGUGCCUCGCUACCAUGGAGAACUCGAUGACCGACUUGUUUCGCCGAUGGCUCGUGGCAGCGUCCCCUACAAUGCCGAGGUGUACGAGUCGUACGGCCCUCCUGGUGUGCCCAUGGAGAACCCUCACCACCAGCCCCGACUCCGGUCUGUGGCCGUGCCCCCUAUGGGCAGUGGCUUUGGGUCAUCGGCCGCGCCUAUGCCACCUUACGGCGCGCCCCCCGGUUCUUCGCAAGGCUACUUUGACCCGCAAUCGAUGCACUUCGCGCCCAUGCCCCGCCAAAGCGGGCCCUCUCGGCCGUCAUCGUCUUCGAGAAGGUACGACCCUUACGCCUCCCCCAACCCUCGCAUCUCUCAUACUGCGCCAACGCCAACGGCGGAGAGUGGGCACACUCGUCGGCAAAGUGUGCCGCCGCCUUCGUCAUCCGAGUCUGGUGGCUACUAUCUGGCAAAUGAGUACAAUUACCAGCCGCCUUCCACAGCGCCUGGCUCGUUCUCUUACUACUCGUCCACUGCUGCGCCGCCGCCCCCGCCUCCGCUCUCGCAGCAACCUCCCAUGGCAUCUCCCAUCGUGUCACCAAGCUAUGGAAGUGGGCCGCAGUACCAGCAAUGGCAUCAACCGCCUGGCCCAGCUCCUGCACUUCGUCUCCUGACAACUGUUGGCCGCGAAGACAACCCUCCCAGCUCGUCCGGUUCCAUGGACAGCCAGCAGGGCUCGACGCAUCACGUCGUGCAGAGCGGCGAUAACUGGGGCACACCGGUGCUGCCAAACCCUCACUCGCACCCUCCCCACGGCGGCAACCAUAGCCAACCCGUCUGGGACAAUCACUCCCAUCCUCCCCCUCUCCCUCCGUUGCCGCAGUACAACAGCGUGCAACAGGACAAUGGGUGGCAGGCUAGCCUUGCCUGAGUGGUGUAAACACGCCAAUCCUUUGUCUGCUUCUGGAGCUUGACCAGCACUAUUGCCAGUCAGGCGGAAGCAGGGUCGACUUGUCCUAGAACCUCGAUGAGCAAUCACGUCCCUACACGAUGACCCGCCGUUUGUCAAAUACAUCGGACCGAACGGCGUCAUUGCUCGACUCGCUGUUCUCUGACGGUGAUAGACGACGACUCUGCCUCGACCUCUACGCACCGCUGGACGGCUAGUGUAGGGACCACCGAAGGAUAUACACGCUGGACUCUGACUCUUUUGGGCCUCUCGGCUUGAUCAACGAACAUUUCACUCUCCAACAAAGACAAUUACCUAGCAUCGCCUAACUACUGCGGACCGACCUAGCCGAUACAUCCAACCUACGGUCGAUAGUUCGCCCCAUACGCGCGCCCCAACAACCACGGUGGCCAACCGUCACCUCAUCCAGCCCCACUCCAUCGCCGCUCUCUGCUUUUCGAUUCGACCGAGACGCCCCAAUAACGUUUCCUUUCAGACGACCACUGUUACGACCAACCCGGUCGUGGGAGGCCGCUCAAGUCCUUUGGAUUUGAUGAUUCGCCACCCACGCUUGUGGCGCGCCACAACUGGCUUCUCUUGUUACGAUCUUGUGACAUGGCAGCCGGGACAUAGACGCCCUUUCCCUCCCUUUGGGCUUCCCCACCCUACCCCAUCUCUCUCGCGCUUCGCCCUUCUCGUCCCCUGCCACCUGUCUCUCCUCCGUUGGUAUGCGGAGCUCGUUGAAACACUGCUCUGGUGCCCACUUGUGUGCACACCAGUCGGCGGGACUUAGACUAGGAAGGUGGCGAGUCGGGAGUAACGUUUGUAUCACGAGUGGCUGUGAUGAGAUUACGUGCA